ACGCACACCAGGAGCGUGCGUUUUUACUUGACUUGAAGUUAAGAGGGGAGAAAUCAGCGCGUAAAUGAGCGCACAGAUUUGCGGCAGAGCCGCGCUCCUUGCGCUCCGGAGCGUCAGCGUGCUCGCGGCUACUGCUGGGACGCGCUCGCUGACGGGGACGCGGAGCGGUACCGGCGGGACAGGUGUGCUGGACGGGAAGGUGGACCGGUUCGGCGGAGUCACGGUGGAUGUAGGCGACAAACUCCUUUCGGCUGACAUCGGAGAAGAGGAAUUCCGCCUCCUGCUGCGCGACUCCGUCCGGCGCUGGAAGGCCGAGGGCCGCGUGGCCGUCUGGCUCCGCGUGCCCGUGUCCCACGGACGCCUCCUGCCGGCGGCCGCCUCCCAGGGCUUCGCGUUCCACCACGCCCGCGGGGACCGGGCGACCCUGUCCCUGUGGCUCGGCCCGGGGACCUGCCGGCUGCCCGACUUCGCCACCCACCAGGUCGGGGUCGCGGGUGCGGUCCUGGAUGAGUCGAAUGGGAAAGUUCUCGUCGUUCAAGACAAAAACAAGACGAAAAAUGCGUGGAAGUUUCCUGGCGGCCUCUCAAACCCGGGGGAGAAUAUCGGAGUGACAGCAGUGCGCGAGGUCUUUGAAGAGACAGGGGUGCGGGCGGAGUUCAGGUCCCUGCUGAGCAUACGGCAGCAACACAACCACCCGGGCGCCUUCGGCAUGUCCGACAUGUAUCUCAUCUGCCGCCUGAGCCCUUUGACCUUCCGCAUCAACUUCUGCAGGCUGGAGUGUCUCCGGUGCGAGUGGAUGGAGGUGGGGGAGCUGGCUCGCACCGGCGACACCACGCCCAUCACCAGCAGGGUAGCCAAACUCCUCCUCUACGGCUUCAGGGAAGGCUUCGACAAGGUGGACCUCUCCAUGGAAGAACUGCCGGCUGCGUAUUCCGGGAUGUUCUACCAGCUGUACCACAGGGAGCUGCCCGAGGCGCACAGGCAGCCCUGAGAACCUCACG